GAGGUUUUGGGAAAGUUUACAAAGGAUGGUUGCAUAAGAAAACUCUGACACCAACCAAAGCUGGUUCUGGAAUCAUGGUAGCUAUCAAAAAGUUGAAUCCCGAAAGUAUGCAGGGCCUCCAGGAGUGGCAGGUUGGUUUCUUUUCCACUCUCUUCCACCUUUUCCAUUGCUUUUUCAUUUGUUAAAUAUAUCUUCCACAGAGUUUGGCCUGAUUUCACUUAAACAGAAACCUCAGUAAAUUAUCUGCAACAUUAGUUUUUACAAACUGGUUUAAAUGCUCUUAUAUAUUUAUAAGAUUAUAUGAAAACUAGGUCUUGGUCUUAGGCGUGAAUAAAGGGCUAAAAAAGUACUCACUUUCAUUGUUUUCUGAUAGCGAUACCAUGCCCAAAAGUCAACCCUUCACAGUUAACCAAACUACCCUAUACACUUCUCUUUCAAGGUUGAAAUUGAUAAUAACUUUUAUCCAUAUUCACGUACUUUCUUUAACCAAAAACUAAUUUUGUAAAUUAUAACAUUUUUUCUAUCUUAUUUUCUAUUAUUAUAAAUUAAGUAAACAAGAAGAAUCUAAGCACUAGUUCUUGUAAGAUUCCAAUAUCUGACACUGCAGCAUCUUGGUCUGGUUAUAUAUGAUAAUGCAGUCAGAAAUCACGUUUUUGGGAACAGUUUCUCACCCAAACCUGGUGAAGCUUUUGGGUUACUGCUGUGACGACGUGGAAUUUCUCCUUGUGUACGAAUUCAUGCCAAAGGGAAGCUUGGAGACUCAUCUAUUUUGGAGAAAUACUAACACAGAACCUUUGUCUUGGGACACUCGACUGAAAAUAGCUAUUGGUGCAGCUCGGGGUUUGGCUUACUUGCACACCUCAGAUAAGCAAAUCAUAUACAGAGAUUUCAAAGCCUCCAAUAUAUUACUUGAUGAGGAAUUCAACGCGAAAAUAUCAGAUUUUGGUUUGGCGAAACUAGGCCCUUCUGCGGGAGAUUCACACGUGACAACGAGAAUCAUAGGAACAUAUGGUUAUGCUGCUCCAGAAUACAUUGCAACAGGUCACCUAUAUGUGAAAAGUGAUGUUUAUGGAUUUGGUGUGGUGCUGCUUGAAAUGCUGAAAGGGAUGAGAGCACUUGAUCAAAAGCGGCCUUCAGGGCAGCAGAAUCUGGUUGAAUGGAUUAAGCCUUAUCUGUCUGAUAAAAGUAAGUUGAAAAGUGAUAUUAUGGAUGAGAAGAUUGUAGGUCAGUAUUCAACAAAUGCAGCACUCAAAGCAGCACGGCUUACUCUAAAAUGCCUUCAAACUGACCCUAAACUACGUCCUUCUAUGCAACAAGUUCUACACACAUUGGAAACCAUCCAAGCUAUCAAACUUAGAACGAGGAAAAGAACCAAACAUUUCCCAACUAUCAACAAUUUCCAUUAGUUUUCAUAUACUAACACUUAGUCGCAUUCUCUUUUCUGAAUGGAUAAUUAGGUUAGAUGCUUGUACAAACAGUUACAAAACAACACUAUUUUUCAGAUUAUUUUUACUGUUUUAUGGAUCAUAAGGGCCAAAUUAAUAUGUACUUUUGCCCUCCAUUCUUUUUAAUUAUGUGAGAUCUCUAAGAUAUUCAUAUAAUGAAAAAAACUUUCUUCAUUCUCUUAUUA